AUGGCAACAUAUUGUCUUUCACCUUUAAUGCAUCUUGAUCAUUUCUUCAAUAAAAUCCUUUUGAUGACAACGACUACAACAACACAUAGAAAGAAAUACAUCAAUUUCCAAGAACAAAAAUUAAAAAAACAAGAGUCAAUUGGUCAAAGCCAACCAGAUGUCCAAGAACAACUACAACAUCAACAAUUACAACAUCAUCAAAAACUUUACAAAAUCAAUUAA